CUUUGGCCCACUUCAGGAUCGCGCUGGGAUGGCCACAGCCCUGAUUUUCUCCCUCUGCCUCCUGACCCAGGGUCUCAGCCUCUCCAUGGGGAUGACUGUGCCUCCUAGCCCACUUUAUCUCUGGCGACAUCCAACGGGACUGAAUCGAGUUCGGAGAGCCUGGGUCAUCCCGCCCAUCAGCGUGUCCGAGAACCACAAGAGGAUUCCCUACACCUUGGUGCAGAUCAAGUCUGAUAAACAACAGCUGGGUGGCGUCAUCUAUAGCAUCAAGGGCCCAGGGGUAGAUGAAGAGCCUUUCGGGGUCUUCUCCAUUGACAAGUUCACCGGGAAGGUGUUCCUCAAUGCUAUGCUGGACCGAGAGAAGAAUGACCACUUUAGGCUCAAGGCCUUUGCCCUGGAUCUGGGAGGGUCCACGCUGGAGGACCCAACUGACCUGGAGAUUGUGGUAGUGGACCAGAAUGACAACCGGCCAGUCUUCCAACAGGAGGUGUUUACCGGCCACGUUCUAGAGGGAGCCAUCCCAGGCACCUAUGUAACAAAGGCCGAAGCUACCGAUGCCGAUGACCCAGACACAGACAAUGCAGCGCUGAGGUACUCGAUCCUGGACCAGGGCGAGACAGAGCAUUUCAGCAUCGAUGAGCUUACGGGGGAGAUCCGAACCGUGCAAGUGGGGCUGGAUAGAGAGGUGGUCGGAGUAUAUAAUCUGACACUGCAGGUAGCUGAUAUGUCUGGGGACGGGCUCGCCAACACCGCCACAGCUAUCAUCUACGUGGACGACAUCAAUGACAAUGCCCCAGAGUUCACCAGGGAGGAGUUCUCCAUGAGAGCAGAUGAGGCCGUCGGUGGAAUAGAUGUGGGGAGGCUCGAGGUUCAGGACAAGGACCUUCCUGGCUCUCCCAACUGGGUGGCCAAGUUCACCAUUCUGGAGGGAGACCCCGGGGGGCAGUUUGCCAUUCAUACAGACCCCAAGACCAAUGAUGGUAUCCUGUCCGUGGUGAAGCCUUUGGACCAUGAGAGCAGAGAGCAGUACCAGCUUCGAGUGGCUGUGCAGAAUGAGGCCCCCCUGCAAGCGACUGCCCCAAAGGCUGCUCGAGGCAUAGCCACCGUGACUGUGGCGGUGCAGGAUGUGAAUGAGCCACCCGUCUUCCACACCAACCCUCUUCGAGCCAGCAUGGCUGAGGGGGCUGCUCCCGGGACUGACGUCACCACCUUCUUUGCCCGCGACCCAGACACCCAGCAACAUCAGCGUAUCAGUUACUUCAAAGACUAUGACCCUGAGGACUGGCUUCAAGUGGACCGUGCCACUGGUCGGAUCCAGACUAAGCGUGCUAUCAACCCAGCCUCAUCCUUCCUCAAAGAUGGCUGGUAUAGAGCCAUCAUCCUGGCCAGUGAUGAUGCCUCCCCAGCUCGCACAGCCACAGGCACCCUGUCCAUAGAGAUUCUGGAGGUCAAUGACCAUGCACCACUCCUGGCCAUACCAACGGGUACCCUGUGCAGUGACCCUGGCCAGGGAUCUGGCCUCAUCCUCAGUGCUACUGAUGAGGACUUGCCCCCACAUGGGGCCCCCUUCCACUUCCAACUGAGCCCCAGCUCUCCUGAACUGGCCAGAAACUGGAGUAUCAGCCAACUCAAUGUGACUCACGCCCGGUUACGCUUGCGGACAGAGGCUCAUGAGGGGCUAUACAGUCUGGCCCUCCUGCUCCAAGAUUCAGGGCAGCCCCCCCAGCAGCUGGAGCAGCUGCUCAAUGUGACCGUGUGUCGCUGCGGGGAGGCUGGGGUCUGCACCCCCGGGGCAGCUGCCCUUCUGGCUGGGGGGGCAGGCAUCAGCCUCGUGGCCCUGGUCAUCGUCCUCGCCAGCGUCAUCCUUCUACUCUUGCUCAUCUUGUUGGUGGCCAUCUUCGAACGCUUUCGCCAACGAGUCCGAGAGAAAGGGCUACUGGACGGGCUGCAGGAUGACGUUCGGGACAAUAUCCUCAACUAUGAUGAGCAGGGAGGUGGAGAGGAGGACCAGGAUGCCUAUGACAUCAACCAGCUUCGUCAUCCUGCAGAACUGGUGCCUCAGACCUCCUUUCGGGGGAGACAGCCUCUGCGAAAGGACACCCCCUAUCACCGGGCACCUCCGCAGUCCUCCCGAGCCCUACCCACCAGCCCCUCGGACAUUGCUGACUUCAUCAGUGAUGGUCUAGAAGCAGCUGACAACGACCCCAGCGUCCCACCCUAUGACACAGCGCUCAUCUAUGACUACGAGGGAGAAGGCUCUCUGGCAGGAACGCUCAGCUCCAUUCUCUCAAGUUUGGGAGAUGAGGACCAGGAUUAUGAUUACCUCAGGGACUGGGGGCCCAGAUUCACUCGGCUGGCGGAUAUGUACGGGCAACACUGAGGGCCAGGGAGGACUUGGGGGUGCAGCGGGGGAGAGAGAGCUAAACUAUUCCUUUUCCGAGGGGCAGGGGAGCUGGUGAGAACAGAGAGGAGGAGGGGCAGAGCUGCAGCUGUGAGGCUCAGCACGUUGCCCUUUUCUGGGGGCUCAGACAUUCCCGUGGCUGCCGGGCCCUCUCCACCAUCCAUCCCAGGGGGCUCACUGAGAGCCAGGGGAACCUUCUCCUUCACCCUGAGCUCUACCCACUGCUCCCUCCAUUUAGACCUAGGUGGGGUGCCCUAGAUCGGACCCAGAGUGGUGAGGUGGCCUCCUCGGACCACGCCAGAGGGCUAGCUCUCCAGGGGAAACCCCUUCGCCUCCCAUAGCCUCACCCUGAGGUUUCAGACCUUCGGGGGGACAGGCAGGCACAAGGGGUCCAGUCAGCCCCUUUGAGAGAAAGCCACAGUCCAUUCCAAGCUCCAACCACAUUCAAGCGUGGGAUUGGACUUCUUAAGCCUUAUUCUUACAAGGUCAGGGGUGCUGUAUGGUACCUCAUGUGCCUCUGAGGAAGCAAAAGCUCAUGGUGCUAUUGAGUUAACCCAGGGGUGGGGAACCCAUGGCCUAGAGGCCACACAUAGCCCUCUAGGUCUUCAAGGGGGGCCCUUU